AUGGCAAAGAAAGUGCUGAUGUUACAUGGAUUAGCCCAAUCUGGAGAGUAUUUUGCCUCUAAGACGAAAGGUUUUGCAGCGGAACUUGAAAAGCUGGACUAUGAGCUCUACUACCCUACUGCUCCUAACAGCUUCCCGCCAGCUGACUUGCCAAAUGGGCUACUUGAUGAGAUCGACGACAAAGUUUCUUCGCAGAGCGGGGUUAUAGCUUGGCUUCAAAAUAAAGAAACUGGUGAUGGUUACUACAUUCCAGAAACCACUAUCAAUUAUUUACAUAACUACAUCAUCGAAAAUGGUCCCUUUGAUGGUAUAGUAGGGUUUUCUCAAGGUGCUGGUUUGGCAGGAUACUUAGUUACUGAUUUCAAUGGACUACUGAAUCUAACAGAAGAGGAACAACCACCUUUGAAAUUUCUGAUGGCCUUCAGUGGGUUUAGGUUUAGAGGUGAGGAGCACCAAAAACAGUAUAAAAAUCCAAUUUCUAUCAAAACUCUGCAUGUACAUGGUGAAUUGGACACAGUCACAGAACCAGAGAAAGUGCAGGCACUCUAUGACUCUUGUGAUUCAAGUAGUCGCACAUUUUUGACUCACAAGGGUGGUCACUUCAUUCCAAAUUCAAGAGGAUUUUUGAAGAAAGUAGUAGAAUGGUUAAAUGAGCUUUAA